AUCGUUUGGUGUUCGGGUUUUGUCUUCAUUUCACAUAUUUAAAACUUCUUCCAGCUCCUAACCGAGACUUCUUGAAGCUUCGUAUAGCGAGUUUUGCUUUUUGAUACCCAGUAGAUAGCCAGAAACUCUGCCUAUCCCAUUUCCAUCUCCUGUCCUCGACCCUUCGGCUUUUUCAAAUCAAAAUAGAUUCACCGAUAUAACUCACCAUGAUGGACAUGUCCCAUAUGACCACCACAGCCACGGGCACCUCAAUGUCCAUGGCAACCUCCUCAUCCAGCUCAAUGGACAUGUCCUCCUCCUCGAUGAUGUACAUGUCCGACAUGGCCAUGACAUUCUUCACCUCGUUCAAAACCCCCCUCUACUCGAUUUCCUGGACACCCUCCUCUCAAGGCCAAUACGCCGGUACUUGCAUUUUCCUCAUCGUUCUCGCCGUUCUCCUCCGCGUACUCGUCGCUCUCCGGCCUAUCCUGGAAGGACGUGUGUGGACUGAUAGCGUGCGGCAUAGCAUGUUAGAUGAGAAUCUUCCGGAUGAAGCGAAGACGAAGCGCGUGUCGGGUGUGCAAUUGAGUAUACAGGAGCUUGGACGGCGCUGGUCGCGCUGGCGUGUGAAUCCGGCGGCGGGUCGGGCAACGUAUGAAUUGGUUGUUUCGGGGAUUGCGUAUUUACUGAUGCUGGCGGUGAUGACGAUGAAUGUGGGCUAUUUCAUGUCUGUUCUGGGUGGGAUCUGGCUGGGGACUUUUAUUAUGGGAGGAGUUGCCUCGGAGAGCUCCAUGCUGCACUGUUGAUAUGUCUGGUGUGAUAUACAUGCAAUACGCCCAUACCCGUACCCGGCCUCAUAUAGGUCCAUUCUCUCUCAUAAAAAGCGACAAAUGAUAUUACAAUCCAAG